CCUUUACCGGAAGGCUUAAGGCUGUAAAGGUGUCCUGGUGACAAAAGUGAACCGGUUUUGCAGGAUGAGCGCUGUGACCGAAGAAGUUAAGCCAGAAGAUGGCAAACCGGCAUCUGAAAAAAAAAUAUUUUAUUGUGAAGUUUGUAAAGUUCCGUGUAUGAGUUCUAUAAGUCUUCAGUCACACUAUCGUGGUGCAAAGCAUAGAAAGAAAGAGAAAGCCCUGAGACCCAAGACUGUCUAUUGUCCUCCAGCUCCAGUCCGAACUCCGAUGAAGUAUGAAACACAGAGACCAGUGAAGAGAGGACUUACAAAGGACAUAACCUGUCUGAAGGAUUUUAUGAAUGAUCCCAAAAGAGAAGAACCUCUAGUUGGUUUAGAACAUGUGGUUGAAAUCAGAUUUGAAGGAAGAAAAGAGCCGCAUUAUGAGUGCAAGCUGUGUGGGUUUAAUACAGAGAUGGCACCUAUGAUAGAACAUCUUAGCGGAUAUAAACACAGAAGAGCAUACAUCUCUAAAGAAUAUCCAGAUAAAAUGAAGAGAAAGACAACAGAUGUAAAAGAAUGCAAAGUCUCAUUUCUCAGACGGAUAGCAGGAGAGCUAGAGAAGACUGAAGGAUUAAAAAUGUAUAAGAUUGAAGGUUACAUAAGACCAAGUACCUCACCCCCAUCAAAGAAGAAAGCAAGGUGGGAAGAUGAUUAUAAGCGCGAGAAUGAUCCUGUUCGGAAACAGAAGGCUCUAGAGUUCUUGGAGACUUUUCAUAUCACCUCAGACUCAGAAGCAACACUUGUUGUUCAUAUUACACAGGAACUCACAGAAGCUUUGAAGGCCUUUUGUGAAAAAAAAGCAGCAGUUAAUUAUACUAACAGUCUGAGGCCACUGAUGUCAAUAUCUCAAGGUGAAUUUCCGGGAAGGAAAAGCAUCCCAAAACACUAUAAGCCAUAUGGAAAAUCCAAAGGAAAUUCUAACUGGAAUCAAGGUUUUUUGUCUCAGUAUGAAGAGUGUUCUGCAGAUGCUUCUUUUGCUCCUGCUAACUCAUACAGUUACCAAACAGAUGAUGGAUCAUCUUCCUACGGACUAAGAUCUAAUGACUUUGCAAUGAUGUCUGCACUCAGGGACUCUUUUGCUCUUCAGACUGGAAGUCCUGCCGGUGGUAUCAGUGAAUGGCUGAGACUGUUCAGCCGAUCUGCUUCUGGCAGUAAUUCAGCUGGUGGGGCCUCUUCCUAUGAGACAAGUCCAGUGAGUGAGUACUCAGCAGAAUAUAUGUCCAACGACGUGCGAGGAAAUAAGCUCCCUGAUAACAGAAUCUCAUAUGGCGGGGAAAGUACAAAUUGGAGGAAUCAACAAGCAUGUUCAAAAGCGAGGAGUAUAAGUGAUCAAGGAUUACCCUAUCCCAAUUCUUCUGCCUCAUAUCCUUCAUCUGGAAGAUACUCCGCAAACUAUCCUUCGCAAAGCUAUUCCUCUUACAAGAAUGAUGAGCCCGUGAGUACUUGUACAUCGUCUGCAAAUUCUGCUGUUUCAGGAAGAGGUGGCUCCAGGUGGUACCAGGACUCUAGGUGGAACGAGGACUCUGGGUGGAACGAGGACUCUAGGUGGAACCAGAGCUCUAGCUGGAACCAGGAGUCUAGCUGGAACAAGAACUCUAGCUGGAACCAGGAAUUUAGGUGUCGAGGAUUCAGGCAUCAGAAGUCAGGCUACAAGAGUGAUUGGGGUUCACAUCAGUACUCGUUUUCUGGCAGUGGUUCGUACAGAGAUUACCAGCAAUUCAGAAGCUCAGAUAAGAUGUUUGAUGAAGAUGCUGUUGGUCUUACUCCCAACAUUUUGAACAGACUACGAGGAAAGGAUAUACCUACAAUGACCAGGAUGCUCAAACAGUUGGCUCCGUAUUAUCCAGCACUUCAAAAACUAAAUAUUCAGACAUUAGUCAAUGUGCUAGUAGAAACUAGAGGAAAAGAUUAAGGAGCAACAACAGCUGAACUGGAAACAGAUGAACAGAUUCAAGAAUCUCCAUCUCUUGGCUUUCAGGAGAGAGACUGCAUUUAGUUCUGUGUUUGACUGGUUUUGGAAGGGGAAAGGGGGGUAGGGUUUAAUUUUUUAACAUGUGAAAUAUAGCUGGAACACAAACUUGCACAUAACGGAGGUGAACAUACUAUUUUCUUUGGGCUUUUUUAAUGUAUUUGUUAUAUCUUGGUAUAUUACAGAAAAAAUC